UGCGUGUGUAUGUGUGUUAAUUUAAGGUUCAACUAUUGGCCGUUUGUGGCGAAUUAUAAAUAUUAUUAACAUUUUAUUAUAUUUUUAAAUACAUUGUUAUAUAUUUCAUUAUUAUAUAUUAACAUUGACAAUUAAAAAAACUAAUUAACAAAUUGAAUUUGAUUUUUCAAUUCAUUCAUCAUCAACAUGCAGGCAUUGUCUGUUAUCAAAAUUGUUGGAUCAACACUGUCAUCAAGUAGAAAUGUUACUCUACGUUUUGCAACAUUUUCACGUUGUUUAUCACCGGUAUUAGUAAAUAAAAAUAACAAUAUUGAUAAACAAUUGAUUCAUACAACAGCAGUUGUUCCAGUUGCAUUAAAUUCUUUUGCUAAUUCAGAUAGUUAUGUCAAUAGAACUCGUGAUUUUUUCAAGUAUCAUCUCUUUCAGAAGUAUAAAUUGAGAGCAAAAGGAUUUUACUUGUAUCGAUUUAUUGUUGAUACUAUUGAUCAUGUUGGAUUUAUACAAGAUUACAGAAUGGCUGAUACAUUUUUUUCAUGGUUUCUUAUUACUGAAUUACACGUAUGGAUGAUGAUGGUUAGACUACAAGAUGCAGGAAGAGAAGGACCAGAUUUAAUUAAAAAUCUUGUUGCAGCAAUGUGGCAAGAUGCACAUAUAAGAAAAAAACAACUUGGAAAAGUCAAAGAAUCAACAGUCAGAGAACACAUGCAAGAAAUUGGAUUUCAAUUUAAUGCAGCUAUCAUUGGAUAUGAUGAAGGAAUCAUGACAAAUGACAAAGUACUUGCUGGAGCAUUAUGGAGACGAUUAUUCCAAUCAGAAUGCAAUAAUCCAGAACAUUUAGAACAACUAGUUAUUUAUGUUCAUAAAACGAUGAAAAUGCUUGAUGAUUUACCACAUGAGACACUUUUUAGAGCAUCUCAAAUUGCCUGGAUUGAUCAUAAAAAAUGUUCACCUUCAAUUAAAUAAUGAAUAAACAAUUGUAUUAAUAACAAAAUGUAUUUGUUGUCAAUAUUAUUCUUUUUUCAUUUUGUAAAUACACUUGA